AUGUCGGGCAAGCGUGACUAUCGGUGUGCGAUAUGCGGUGGCCCCUUUCGAUCCAACAUCGCCCUCCGUUCGAGGUCGCGAGACGAGGAACAUCCAGAGGGGCUGGGGGAUGAUUUGCCGCAGGAAUGGCAAUAUGACGGAUUUGACCCUUCCUACUACCACCGAGAAGAUGUUGAAUGGCUGGAGAAAGCCCGCAUCCUUGCUUUCAACUCGACCGCUGGAGUCAGCACAACUAGAGCCUUCGUUUCGGGCGUUGGUGACAUCGGACCGAGGUUCGGGCACGUCGCGAUCGGUGACAGAGGCGACGACCCGUCCGCGCCUGAUUAUCCCCUAAUGGAAUAUUCUUGCUACUCCGACACGUGUCAACAUGGGCCGGCCUUUCCGUUCCACCCAUGCUGUUAUGAGUUGCUCCUUCUGAACUUCUCCGAACAGCACGGCGUCCAGGCCGCGCAGCUGGACAAAGAUUUGCUAUACAAUGUCAUGUUUGAGCUGAUGACGCCGUCGGUGGAGGACACGCUUUUCUUGGAUCUCGACUACGGCGUGGAUAUAGACAGAGCAUUCGAUCCCAAACCUGGUCACAGGGACCCCGUCACCGUUGUUCCGCUGAUCGGUGCCCCUGCUGCGGGUACGUUCUACGAUCUAAGUCCAUACGCCGCUAUGAGGCCCUUCAAUGUUCAAGAGUACUCUUCCGUUGUGGGGGAUGUUCCACCUGCGGGCCCCGAUGCUCUCGCCAAGCUACCACUCGAGGUCUUGACUCUAAUCGCCUCGUUUCUCGACACGAGAUCCGUCUUUCAGCUCAUCAAGACCUCGCCGACGGUGUUCUCAGCCGUCGUGCGGAACCGGUGUUUCUGGAAACGUCACCUCCAGGCCUGGUACCGAUGGUACUUUGAAUGGCAGGCAAUUUUGCUCAAAGACACGGAUCCUUUCCUCAAGCAAGCCGAUCUGAUGCAGGUCGCCUUCAGCCUCGACCGGCCAGGAGAAUCGGAUCUCGUUUCAGACAUGAUCAUGACAAACCGACGGCGCAUAUGGGGGGUCUGCGACCAGCUUGCCCGGCGUUAUCUGUCACGACACCGGUUGCAGCAACGCGACUCGGCAAAGGUUCCCGCGCCCAGUGGUAUCAUAGGACCUGUUCGUUGCAGCCAGCCUGCCGUGGUGCAGCCCCGGCCGGCCGGUGCGAGACUAGACCUCGCGGACGUGUAUUGGGUCAGAUCAGUCGAGGAUCAUCGGCACCCUCGAGUCUUUGAAGCCUUCUUUGACGCCGAGAAUGGACUGGUAGGCCUGUCGCUUGCCCCCGUUGGGCAACGCAGGUACAUCGGACGACAAGGCAUCGAUGCUUUGGAUGUAGACCUGGAAGAGGUCCAAGCCCGGGGGUGCGGGAGCGCGAAGGAUGCGGUUUACACCCGUCCAUCUGACUCCGUGAAUGAAACGCGUCGUUUCUGGAAGCACACGGCUGACAUCGCGCCGGGCCAGGCCAUCAAAGGUCUGAUCUUGCAUGUGCAGGGGACAAACGCCCAGACGUACAGGGUAUCAUGGACGGUGCAACCGCCAUCCAGGACGAUUGGCGCUAUCCCGACAUACAUCUGUGGCCUCACAAUUGUUUAUCUCGAUGGAGAAACGGUUCUUUUAGGCAGCGCUGGUGAUCCACAGGCACUAGGCAAUCUCUGCCAUCGACCUCUCAUGGUCCCAGAAGCAAGCCCAUCAUCUACGAUGUACUUCGAGCUCGUUGGUAUGAUGGGCCAGACCAUCGGUGAAAUUAGGGAAGAAAUGUUGGCCAGCCUCGCAUUGCUAUACGCAUCGAGGCCGAGUCGUGAAGCCUCGCUUGAUGAGAGCGAUGGAGAAUCCUGGACUGCACAUCACAAUCCACUCGCAGCCCAUCUGUGGAAGGACACCUCAGCUACGGUGCUUGGCGAUUGGGUCUGGGAGCAUGAUAAUUGGCUCACUCUGAACACACUGCCACGAAGCGAUUUGCCGAGGAUGGGAUUUCCCUGCUCUCACUCCGAUACCAUUCCGAAAGAGAUGCUUCUCUGGGCUCGCACCCCCAGCGAGGUCCCCGUCCACGACCUGAAGAGGCUGUCUGGAUGGCUCGUCCUCCGACACGUUGGAGACAUGUACGCCGACAUUUACGAGCUCUGCGGGCUUCGCGCGGAAUACAGGUCCUCCAGGGCGACGGAAGUUAUCGGAAUGGCCGAGAUCGACGGACGGUCGUGGCCGGAGGACGAGCUCGUCCACUUCGAGAUCGACGGCGGCGGCGGAGAGUGCGUCAGCGAGAUCGGUGUGGCUUCCGCGUUCGGCGAGCCGAGCUCACUCUAUAUGCGGACGAACCGCGGCCGCGAGGUGGUGUUUGCAAGACCGUCGAGUGCCCGGGAAGCAGCAUCCUGCCGGCGCGUCAGAAUCAGUCCGGCCGGGAGCAGCGUCGUCGGGGUUGUUCUGGCUUUCGGGCGGCCUGGCGGGUGGGAUGUGGACACCGAGGACGACGAGGAGGAGGAUGAAGGCCAUCCUCUCGAUAGUGAAAGGCAUGGUGCAAUGUCGUAUGCUGCCGCUCUGUCUUGCACAUUGCCCCCAUAG